UGAAAGUGAUACCUGGUUCCUUGAUAAAUACAUGGUAACCAAGAAUUUCUCGUGUAAAAUUUGAAGUAUUACUCGUAUAUGUAAUUGACGCUCUAGAGCUUCUCCAUUGUUUUAAUAAUUGUGAUCCUUUGUAUGCAAUUGAACACUAUAAUUAAUAUUCCUUACCACUAACAACUAGAAUGCUAAAGCCCAAUACAAUUUAGAAACAAAUUAAAAUUAAUAUCUGUAAAUCUGCUCCUACUAAGAAGGGAAAAAGGUAAAAAAAAUAUAAAAACGACUUCCAAUAUAUAUUACUUUAAAGAAAUAACAGUUAAUGUUACUGACACUUUAUUAGAUUAUAAUUAACGCUGUUUUCUGUACGAGCUGUUAUAAAAAGAGGCAAAAAGUUAUGGUUACUCGGAAAAGGAAAACGAAUGAAAUUCUAAUUGAAAUUCCACUUAAAAAUUAAUACUUACGUAACUGUUUACUUUCUAGAAGAUCGCCAAAUAACAUUUCCACUGUUCUACCACAAAAUCGUUCGGUGGCCCAGCCCCUUUACGCCUUAAUAUUAAGCGAACCGCCCCUCCACAGGGGGAUGGGAGACUCAAAAGCACACUAACCCGCACUGUGGUAUCCUAAAAUAGUCGUUGUUUCAACCCAAUAAACUCUACAAUCGAUUAACCUCGCUACCCACCCCAAAACACACCAUCGCGACACACGCAAUAAAAUACGGAGCCCGUGGGGUAUAAAUUUAUUUUACUGGCAAAUCUUCCCCAGUACAUUUCAGGUUACCGGCUGAAGUGUAUUGUACAGUAAUUUUUCCAAAGUGAGUGUAGUCGUUCAUGAUGUCUGGAGCAAGAACUCAAAUCGCAGACUCGUCAACAUCACCAUCUUUAAAUGACAACCGACACUUAGACUUCAGUGGCUUAAAGUUUUCAUACCCUGAUGGGUCUGACGAGGAAAGCAGUUCGAUGACUCCGGAGCUGCCGUCUUGUGUCUAUGCUGCUGCCCGAAGCCGUCUGCAGCUGCCUUUAGCAGCCUACGUACACCAACACACACGGCAAAUGCAUACAGAAGCGUUACUGGAAGCGUCAGUCGAGCCGGAAUACCAGUGCGGCGGAUCGCCAUACCGCGUCCAGAGAGCCGCAGCCAAUGUGCGGGAGCGUCGCCGCAUGCUGAGGUCCGGCCCCAAUGGCAGUAUAAACUCGGCGUUCGACGAACUGCGCGUCCAUGUGCCGACUUUCCCGUACGAGAAGCGACUUAGCAAGAUCGACACACUGCGUCUGGCGAUAGCGUACAUAGCCCUUCUUAGAGAGGUCUUGGACGCUGAAUACGAUCCUUUGACGUAUGUAGAGAAAUGUCUCCGCGGUGAAAUCAAGGCCGAUCGCGCGCAUUGGAAUACAAGCGAUCUCACUGCCCGCCUGUCUUGGAUAAAUUGGGAAAACCUCGGCGUCAACCCACAACGUCGCAGCAUCCUUACAUCCCUUGCUCUAAGCUCGGAGAACUUGCAGUACGCUCACAAUUAAAUAUUAUACCUUAUACCUUAGGCCUUGCCAGCUUUUCUCUAAGUCGUUUAAUAUGAUCUUUAUCCAAUUAUAGUGAGUUAAAUCUAGUCAUUUUAAUGAGUUUUUUAAAUAUUGAAAUAGUUGAAAUUCAGAUUUAUUUACAUAUUUAACAAGCAUAACAGAUUUUAGUAGUGUUGUCACUUGCAAAUUUUUCUCUGUACAAUCUAGUCUACAUAAUAUUGUUUAGUCUACCUUCGAUUUCCACUGACAAUAUGUCAUUGGUUUAAAAAACUUCUACACUUGUGUUACGGUAGUGGAAACCUACGGCAACAGUAAACAGUACGGUGAUAUUAAAAUAGAAAACUGUUAUUUAUAUUAUCGAUAUUGCUAUAUUUAUUCUUAAUACUGUAAUGAUGUUUUGUGUUGAAAGCUUCAAUGUUUAUAUAGUUUUGUCUUCCAAAUACACAAAAAAAAACCUAUCGCUUUUACUAAGCUUCUAAUUGUUAAUAAUAGUAAUUAAAUAGAAAAAAACCGGUGCAAUAUAGAUUAAAUUUAAUUUAUUGCCAGUGUAUUGUUAAAUGGUUUUCCAUACAUUUGCAACGUAUAACUUCGUUCAUACUAUGGACAACCAUUACGUAGUUACUUAUGUUAGAUAAAUAUUACACCAUAAAUGUAA